AUGAAAUUCAGCGCUAUUUCAUUAAUUUUUGUCUCUGCUAUUUUUAUUGCUAAUUCCAGGGCACAGUACCUCGUGGGCAAGCGGAUACCAAUUUCCAAAGCUUUUGGAUUGACGACAGAAGAAAACGGACAAAUCGCCAUCAAGGAGCCAGAAUUAGAAGCCCUAGACCGGAGGCCGCGAGCGCUGGCCUCUCCUCACCUCGUCCGCUACUACCCCAGCUUUGUGGUGCCGAGGGAAUAUUUGCGGGGGAAGAACUGGCCAAUCAGCACCGAUGAGCUGAUCCAGAUUGCUUGGGCCCUGGAGGCCAGAAAGCCGCAAGGCCCCGGAAUUUCCCUGUUCAGCUACUUGGAUGGGCGGCUCCAGUGCACGAAUCCAUCGCUUUGCUAUGCGGAAUAUUGCUAUUACUAUAUCACCUCCGAUCGACGCCCUCUUUUCCUCGCCGGCUGCGUGGACUCGUUGGACCCGACGUUCUUCUUCUACAGAGAAGAUCCACGCACCCUCUGCCGUACGGAGCACCACAUCGGACUCUGCGUCUGCCGAGCCGAAGAUGGGGCGUGCCACGCUACAAAGAACGAGACGCUCUAUGCCGAGGAGCUACGCGGGAAUCCUAUGCACGAGGUGGCUCUGGCUACUACCGGUCUCCGAAUGGAAUACGUUCGAGCCCGGAUACUCCAGAUGCAUCUCGAGGAUUUUCCCAGGACCUUUGAGGAGGCUAAGGACACUUUCUACAACUCGGUACGAGGCGCUACUUUCAACGUCUUCCUACUACUACUCAUAUUACUGCCAAUAUUGUUGCCAAAAAACUUG